AGAAACUAUAUCACUACAGUGGACCCCGCUUAAAACGAACGCGUACGAUCACCAUGGAAAACUAUUACUAUUUCGACAUCAAACUAAAACUUCGGGAUCCGACUGCAGUUGCUUUGACCCCAUCCCUAUUUCGAAGCUGCGUUCUUGACGCCCUGAACAGUUUCUUCUGCGAAGAGAAACCCACACUGGAGAUCGUGAAGUUCUGCGCCCAGCAACAUCGCGUUAUCUUUCGAGUGCCAGAGCAACUGCACGAUAUGACCCGCAUAUCCAUUGAGCUCAUCGGUCACUACCAGCAGAUACCCUGUCAUUUUGAGAUCUUGGAAACCUCCAAGUCAUCGCUGGACUUUGAGAAGAGUAUUGAGAAGACUUUCGCGGGUGUGUCCGACGAUUAGAACUAGCGAAUUGAAAUUAUUAGUGUAAUAUACAUUGUAACCGUCAUGCAGAAUUUAAAUUUAAAUUAUAACUGA